AACCGCUCUCAGUCUGUGGUCGCAGAGAAACCAGUGAUGAUGUCUGCCCCGUGCAUGUGCUCUCACAACUUCAUCCCCUGAGACGGUCCACUUCAGGAAAGUCACAACUGUCGGUGCUCGCAGACAUUUGGUGAUAAUGAAGAAAUAAACUGCUCUCUAACAUCUCAACCUUCACAGACUGUUAAUAACCCCCCCAUAGACCCCGCCCCCAACACCUGCCGCCUUGCGCAGAGUUUCUUGAAAGGUGACUUGAGACAGUUGUAGCCUCUGCCCUUUGGCCGAAAACAAAAGUAAAACGACGUUCCACCCCACCCUCGCCUUUGUUUGCUUUAUCAAAUGCCCAAAAACAGCAAGGCCGUCAAGAGAGAGCUUGACGAUGAUGUCACAGAGUCUGUCAGGGACCUGCUUUCCAACGAGGACGCUUGUGACGAUUCCUUCAAGAAGAGCUCGCUGAUUGUCGACAGCCCUGAAGGGGAAGGCAAGGAGUGCGAUGUGGAGGAAGGAGGCUUCGACACCGAGGAGGAGGAGCGCCCAGCCUGGAACAGCAAGCUCCAGUACAUCCUGGCCCAAGUGGGCUUCUCUGUAGGCCUGGGCAACGUCUGGAGGUUCCCCUACCUGUGUCAGAAGAACGGAGGGGGAGCGUACCUGGUGCCCUAUCUGAUCCUGCUCGUAUUGAUUGGCAUCCCGCUGUUCUUCCUGGAGCUUGCAGUGGGUCAGCGUAUCCGCAGGGGCAGCAUCGGGGUGUGGAACUACAUAAGCCCUCGGCUGGGGGGCAUCGGCUUUGCAAGUUGUGUGGUGAUGUACUUCAGCUCCUUGUUUCCCUACGUUGUCCUGAUUUGCUUCCUGGUUCGGUCUCUGCUCCUGAAGGGCUCCGUGGAUGGGAUUCGUCACAUGUUCACACCCAAGUUGGAGAUCAUGUUGGAGGCCAAAGUGUGGCGCGAGGCGGCCACACAAGUCUUCUUCGCUCUGGGUCUGGGCUUCGGCGGCGUCAUUGCCUUUUCCAGUUACAACAAGCGCAACAACAACUGCCACUUCGACGCUGUCCUGGUGUCGUUUAUCAAUUUCUUCACCUCCGUGCUGGCCACCCUGGUGGUGUUCGCCGUGCUGGGCUUUAAGGCCAACAUCAUGAACGACAAAUGUGUUGCACUAAACUCUAACAAGAUUGUGGCAUUGCUGGGGAAUGGUAUUGAAGCCAGCCUCAUUCCUCACCACAUAAACCUGACUCAGGUGAGUCAGGUGAGUGCUGAGGACUACCACCAGAUUAUUGAGAUCCUCAGAGGAGUGAAAGAGGACAGCUACGAGAAGCUGGGGCUGGAGUCCUGCAGCAUCGAAGAUGAGCUCAAUAAGGCGGUCCAAGGUACAGGCUUGGCCUUCAUCGCCUUCACAGAAGCCAUGACUCAUUUCCCUGCCUCGCCCUUCUGGUCCGUCAUGUUCUUUCUCAUGCUGAUUAAUCUCGGCCUUGGCAGCAUGUUCGGCACCAUCGAGGGGAUCCUCACUCCCCUGAUUGACGCUUUUAAAGUCCGCAAGGAGUUUCUCACAGUGGGCUGCUGCGUGUUGGCCUUCUCCAUCGGCCUGCUGUUUGUGCAGCGCUCAGGGAACUACUUUGUGACCAUGUUCGAUGACUAUUCAGCCACGAUGCCUCUGCUCAUCGUGGUCGUCCUGGAGAACGUGGCCAUCGCCUGGUUCUAUGGGAUUGAUAAAUUCUUUGAAGACCUGAAGGACAUGCUGGGCUUCACGCCGUACCGGUUCUACUACUACAUGUGGAAGUACAUCACCCCCAUCCUGCUGAUGGUCCUCCUGUGCUCCAGCUUCAUCCAGCUGAUCAUGACGCCGCCCAGCUACAACGCCUGGAUAGAGGAAGAGGCCGUAGAGAAGACCCUGCGCUUCCCUCCGUGGGGCACGGCGGUCUGCAUCUCCCUGGUGGUGAUGGCCCUCAUGCCCGUUCCCGUCAUCUUCUGCCUGCGCUACUUCAACAUCAUCGACGAGAGCGCCGGUGGCCUCUCCUCGGUCUCCUACAAGAAGGGCCGCGUCAUCAAGGAGAGCCCCCAGCCAGAGGACGACGACGACGCCAGCCUGAUCCACGGCAAGUCUCCCAGCGAGGCGCCCUCGCCCAUGCCCGGCAAGAGCAUCUACCGCAAGCCGAGCGGCGGUGGAGGCACCGACGCCAACACGGCGCCCAACGGCCGCUACGGCAUCGGGUACCUGAUGGCCGACAUGCCGGACAUGCCCGAGUCGGACUUAUAGACUGUUCUAGCAAAAGCCCCGCUCGGCCUGCCCUCCUUCAUCCUCUCUGCGUGCUUUUAAUCAUCCGUAUCAUCGUCGUACAUUCCUGUUGCGAUGUAGACUUUUUUUUUUUUUUGUAGAUAGCGUAGCUGCUGUUUGUUGUCUCUGAACCUUAUGUGACUGUAUACCUUAAUAACACAGAUGGGAAGUACCAUCCUUUUCCAACCCGUGACUGAUUUGUCCCACUGCCCUCUAAUCUUUGCUCCCUUCCAAGCUUUGCUCUCACCUCACUGGAAACCCUGCUGGACCAUGAUGAUGAUGAUGAUGAUGGUGGUGGCUGUAAGGUUUAUGCUCCAGCAGGUCUACUUGAAGAAUCCACUCAGGAGCAGGUCACAAAACCCCGUCUUUCUGAGCUCGUUGGCAGUGUUAGCCAAGUCCUUUAGUGUAUCAUGACUGUGUACUUUGAUUGCCACAGUAAAUACCAUCCAACAAGUACUGAGCUCAGUUGUGGACAGUGUGAUGAGGCAGGAUUCAAAGUUGCUUUUGGCCAAAGUUCAAGUCAGCUUUACAGAAACAGCUCGAGGACGGCUUGUGAAUUCCUGCUCCUGUGAUUGUCUGAGACAAAAGUGUGCCUAAGUCCUUUAUAUUUGUUUAUAGAAUACAUGUUGUAAAUUUGAAGUAUUCUUUAAAUACAAUAUAAAUAUUAUAAAUAUAUUUAACUUCAUAGUUUGGAUAUAAAAGCAGUGUUUUUAAGGUUCAGAAAUACUUCAAAUCCUUAACUCAUGUCUUUGUUGUUUUUUUAACCAAUGUCCUGUCAGUGUCAUCGAUUACCAUUAAUUUGUAAAUAAUUUUUCCAUCAAAUGGCUUCAAAUGCUGUCAAGAUUAAAGAUCAAACGUGAUCCACAUCCUUA